AGAGCAGCUCUCAGUGAGACUGAGUCAGUGUUUGGUAAGAGAACAAAGGAACAUGGCUUCAUCCUUUCUCGGGGUCUCCCUGCUCUUCAUCAGCCUCUACACAGCAGAUGGAUUUAUGGAAUAUUUUCUGUCCCGUUGUGAGUUUAACUCCUCUGAUCUGAAGGACAUCGAGUACAUCCAGUCGUUAUAUUACAACAAGGUGGAGUUUGCCAGGUUCAACAGCAGUUUGGGGAAGUUUGUUGGCUACAAUGAGUACGGUGUGAAUAAGGCAGAAGACUUGAACAACAACCCUUCAUAUCUGGCUUGGCUGAGAGCUGCAAAGGAGUUGUACUGCAAAUUCUACAUUGAUUUUGCCAACGAACAUUUCCUCUCUAAAUCAGUCAAGCCACAUGUUGUACUGAGCUCUACGGUGCCCCCUGCUGGUGAACAUCCGGCCAUGUUGGUCUGCAGCGUCUACGACUUCUACCCCAAACAGAUCAGGGUGAGCUGGAUCAGAGACGGAAAGGAAGUCACCUCUGAUGUCACUUCCACUGAUGAGUUGGCAGACGGUGAUUGGUACUACCAGAUCCACUCUCACCUGGAGUACACGCCUAGGUCUGGAGAGAAGAUCUCCUGUAUGGUGGAACACGCCAGCUUGAGAGAACCUCUGAUUACUGACUGGGAACCGUCCAUGCCUGAGUCUGAGAAGAACAAGAUUGCCAUCGGAGCCUCGGGACUGAUCCUGGGUCUGGUCUUAUCUCUGGCUGGAUUCAUGUACUACAAGAGGAAGGCCCGAGGACGGAUUCUGGUUCCCAGUAGCUGAUUCUGGACCUGGUUCUGUUUGUCAGAUGGAAUAAAAAGCAGCUGCUGCUUCAACCUGCUUCGUGUGUUUUCAGCUCGGUGCUGCCAAAUGCUGGACCGACUCAACUCCUGAUUCUCUGAUGAUUUGGACUCUGAUACUCAGCUGGUCUGAAUCCUGAUCCAGGACUAGGGUGUUAAUCUGACAGUCCUGGACUAGGUCUGAACCCUUGUCCAGGACUGGGGUGUUAAUCUGACGGUCCUGGACCAGAGGCCUGUACGAAGAAGCACGAUCAACAUGUCCUGGAUUUCUUUCAGUUACCCGGCUUCACAAACCCUAAUA